AUGUCUCAUCAAGCUAGGACACCAUUCGUACGAUUCCCCACCGUAGGGUUUCAUGCAUUCAGCUUGAUCGUGUCAGCCUACCAAACCCUUGUCUUUUGGACGUUAACUGCAAUCUCUUCACCUGCAGGCGUAACUAACAAGGGGAUAGUAUUCAAUCGUGCCACCAUAGCCAGCGGCUCCCAAGUCUCAUCAUCAGAAUCGCUCACCUCCCCACGUCCUUCGGGCGAACCAACUUGCUACACCAGUAGUCAGUGGCUCGUCAUCUCCGGUACAAGCCUAUUCUGGCCAACCUCAACCGACUACCUGUAUGGGCCAACCGACAACCCUGACGUCGACUGCGCAGCGCAAUGGAUACAAUAUGAUGGCCGCUCAAACGAACUCGAGUCCCUAGGCCCUACGGCCACAUCGACUCUAACAGAACUAAUCCCGACGAGCACAGGCGCCUGCACAACUAGCAGCCAUCUAGAAAGAUACUAUGACACCCACACGGGGCCUGUCACCACGCUCUGCGACGGGCACGCACGCGCCCUGGGUCCCCGCGAAAGUGUGACGAAUUAUUACCCCGGUACAGGACCAUGCAGCACAUUCUACGUCCCAACGACCAUAACUACAACUCUCUAUCACCUACCAUCAGCAUCCCCAACUUGCGAGCUGCACCUUGAAGGUUGCAAGGCCGUCUGGGAAACCUACAAAAGCCGCUCAUCAGCCUAUGAAUCAAGCAUCUCUGUUUCCAUCCCGGGCGACACAAACAGUCCGCUCGGCCCUAACCACUGCCCUAUGACAGCAAGCGAGAGGCCAGAGCAGUGCGGAAGCUGUCACUUUCUUCCCGAUACCGCAACACUUUUUUACUGGCCCGUUACAACCGCCAGUGGCGAUCUCUGCGCUCAAAACGGAACCACAAUUCCCGCGACCCCGACUGGUAACGGUCCCAAUACAGCACUGCUAGGUGAUCAAACCCUUGUCUCACCCAGUGCCUAUAUCUUCUUCACAUCAAUCUACGCCUGGGGCAACAGUCGUCGCGGCGGGCAGUGUGGAGCAUACCAUGAAAACAAGAUGAUCUCUGUGCAUCCUACAUCUAUCACUUCACGAAGAGGACACAGAAAUGCGCGGUAUCCUAUACGUGGAACAGCGUAUCCAUUUAACUUUGCAGAGUUCUUGCCCCAGACAGUAGGGAACUAUACCCAGCCUCUAAUCCCGUGGCCGCAAUAUUGGGGUGGGUCACAGUGUGGUGUGUAUGAUUCUGCCUGUACAUUAGUCCGGGAUGAUUAUCUACCUUUCAUUGAUAUGCCCAGUGAGGUGACGCAGAUUGAUGCCAAGUGGGAGAGCUGUGAUCGGAGUUGGUAUAUCCCAGCCGUGACUCUGGUGCCGAUAGUGGAUGGGACUGUUAGCUUUCCGAAUCCAACGCCUACUGGUGGUCAAGACGCAGAGGAAGUACAGGGAGUAGAAGAAGCAGUGCCACAGGGUUCGGUGGGGGUACCGACGCCAACGCCGACGGAAAGCCUGGGAUGGUGA